UCUCCAAACGCUGCGUCAACGUGUGGACAAGUCCAAAGGUUGGUUUGCAUUAACGAGAAGUUACGGUUGCUGAUGAUUGGGAGGGGUUGAAGAACCGAUGCAUGGUACUAUUUCCGACAGUAUCUGAACGCAGCACCUUUUUCCCGUUGAUUUUUUUUUUGGCGUAAUGUAAUCUGUACCUAUGCGCACCGGUGCGGCUGCGUCACCUAAAACACCAGGACCCGGAAUAAACGGAUAAGAAAUGGUUCUCACAAUAAAAGAGGCUAUAAAAAAUGCGCUGUCGGACCUGAGGAAAAACAACUUUCUGAAGUUUUGUCACCAGCUGCGGGACCGCAGAGAGGAGCCGUGCGUCAGCGUCAGUGAUGUGGAGGACAAAAGUGUACUGCAGAUCACAGACCUGCUGGUCUCAACUUUCACCGAGACCAAAGCUCUUCAGGUGACUGUGGAUAUACUGAGACAGAUUAACUGCAACCAGGAGGCCGAGACGCUGUAUUCAAAAACCAGAAUCUGUUUCGAUAAAGGUGACCCUAUCUUCCGUAAGACCUCAGCCGGGGAGUUGGAGACGAAGCGCUCACAGGAAGCUUCAAACCAGGCAGCUUCAAACCAGGCAGUCAGAUGGUCACGUUCUCAAGCUUCUUGUUGGAAAAAUCCAGAGGAAGUGGAGGCUGAGGCAAAGGCCAGCGUCGUCUCUGAGGGCGGGGACCCUCGUAUUGAAAGGCUCGUGUUGAGCAGGUUUAAGAUUCAGUUUGGCCAGUACAAAGGUCAAACCUUCAAAUGGCUGCUGGAGAAUGAUUUGAGCUGGGUCGCUUUUUUGGUGGCGAGCCACCAGAAGGAGCGAGAGGACUCAAUGUCUCGGGAGCCGCUGAUGGUCCACAAGGACUCCUUGAUCCAAUAUGCGAUCGCUUACCCCGAGGUUUUGAAAGAAGUCCGAUUUCAAAACGAAUACAAAGCUGCAGCUACAAAGAGACAAAAAUGUCAGAAACGGGUCCAGCCCCGCAGCGCCUCAGGGACCGCACAGAAGAGGCGGAAAAGGAGCUAGAGGUCGUCGCAUCCCUAACUGUCCCGUUAGUGACCAACCGUCGCUGUCUUUGGAAGUCCGUGUCCUGUCCUCCUGCAGCAGACAAAAUAAUAAAUGAGCAAAAAGUUGUUAGUAUGAGCUGUUUUCUCCAGUAUCAGUAGAGCAUUAACCAUUAUUUUAUUUUAUUUAUAUUAUUAUUUUGAAGGGAGUUUUUAAUCCAAGGGCCUAAAUGUAAAUUGUGCUGGAUUCUGCAAUUUUUUUGGGGUGGUUUCAUUUUUUAUUACAUGAAUAAAAUUGGAUUGACUCAAA